AGUGUAGCUACAGUUAGUCACUCUUUCUGUCCAAUAUACUCCGCUAUCUAAUCACGUUCAUCUGCAUAGAUGAGCAGAAAUUUUCAACAGUUAAAUAUAGAGGAGAAUGAAGCUGUUGGACGCGGCCACCUUUCCUUUCCCUUCCCAGGGAAAUAUUCCGAAGCUCAGCCAGACCAUUCGCAACUUUGAUAAUGUGUUGGACACAGUUUAUCCGGAAACGAACACUCGCCAGCGCUCCAGCUGCGGAUGCGUUGCACGGUAUGUUUGCAACCGGCGGCGGAUGUGAUUGGAGGGCCGGCGGGCGGCUGCGGCUGCGGCCGGUGAUUGGCGAGUGGGCUCCGCGAGAUUAGCCCGGGGAACAGCUGUCAAUCACUGAGGCGGUGGCUGGAGCCUGCAGGUAAUGAGAACGCUUGGGAUUGGCACAUCGAUCAGCAGAUGAAUCAAGGUAGUGUGCCUGCCAGCACCGCUCAGCGAUGGCUGUAUCUGCUCUCAAUCCCAAACAAUCUGGGUUCAACGAUCUGGCCUCAAGUGUUGCAGACACUAAGAAACUGCCCAGCUCCUGAAACAACAAAUAAAUACCAGCUUCCAGUUUGAGUGGAAAUACAAGUAUUCAUCAUCUUGGGAAGAGAGACGUUUCGCAUUUUGACUCUUCGUCACUGGUUGAGGUUUGAAUAAAUGCAUUUAGCCAGAGUGGUUGAAGUAUUGUGUGGAAACUCUCUGCUUUUUAACUGCAUAGCUUCAAUCAUUUAUUUGUGAGAAUCUGCACUCCAAGCUGUCUGUAACCAGAUCUGACACCAUGUGACUUGGCCUGGAGGUAUUGUGAUUUGUCAGCUGCAGGAACUGGGCCCUCCCACUCAAUGAUGUGUGCUCACGACUGUUGCUAAUGCUGCACAGUGAUUUGACAGCAGACCUGGCAGAGUGCCUGCUUUACAUCUCUGGAUUCAGCAGUAACGAAACAAGGACAUAGGCAGCUUAUUGAAGCACAAGCAUACUGCGGUGGAGGAAGGGGAACAUGAAAAAGAGACCACUAACUGUCUUGAGGAAGCCCCAUGUGUCCUGUGGUUAGCUGGUGCCUGAACAAGCUGCUCGGGUAACUAUAGGACAGUAGUUUCUUCCAGUCUGAAAGAGUCUCAAGUGGGUAGACAGAGACAAAUGUGACUCUUCAAUCGCAAGCUACAGUGAGAGCCGCUACUAACUGCAGCGUAGAGAGAGAGAGUGUGAAUGAUCCUUUCAGACCGCUGGUGCUCAUGUCUGACCAAUGAUGGGGGGGAAUUUAGGAUGCCACCGUUCAAUUCCCAAAGACCCUCUGGAGAUUGGACAGAAUCGCAAGUUCAGUGCGGCAUGCAACUUCAGCAACGUCUUAGUGAACCAGGAGCGGCUAAACAUCAACACGGCCACCGAGGAGGAACUGAUGACCCUUCCUGGGGUCAACCGAAUGGUGGCACAAAAUAUUGUGGAAUAUCGGGAGUGCAUUGGUGGGUUUAAGAAGGUGGAGGACUUGGCACUGGUGAGUGGGAUUGGUGCUGCCAAACUGGAGCAGGUUAAACUGGAGAUCUGUGUGGCAAGCAGUAAGAGUGUUGGUUCUGCUCAGCAUUCCCCCAGCUCGACGCGCAAGGAUCCCUAUUCCGAAACCCUCUCCUCCACCAGCAGGGUCAAUGUCAACCUCGCCACAGUGGCACAGCUGAUGAGCGUGCGGGGGAUCAGCGACGAGGUUGCACGCAACAUUGUGAGUUACCGGAAGGAGCGCGGACCCUUCGAGACCAUUGACGACCUGGUGAGGGUGACCUCCUUCAGCCUAUCGCUUCUGGAGCGUGUGCGGCCUCGCAUUUGUGUGGAGCGGUCGCGGCCCACGUCCACCCACACCGGCAACGGUGGGAUCGAUUUCGCUGCCAAGCCUCGCCCCAGCCCUACCUCGCUCAGCUUGCAGAGCGAGGAUCUGGAUCUCCCACCAGGUGGCCCGACUCAGAUCAUCUCGACCCGGCCAAAUGUGGAGGUCUUCAGCGGGCUGAGGGAUGGCGAGCGGGUCCUGAGGAUGGCCAGCUGGAAUCUGCAGAGCUGCUCAACCGAAAAAGCCACUAACCCUGGAGUGAGGGAAGUUGUGUGUAUGACUCUUCUGGAGAAUGGCAUCAAGUUGUUAGCUGUGCAAGAAAUUACUGAUCGAGAAGCCUUGGAAAAGUUCUGUGCAGAAUUGAAUCAGCCCAUGUUACCAAAUGUUCGGAAAUGGAAAGGUCCCAAAGGAUGCUGGAAGUGUGCUGUGUCUGAGAAACCAUCUGUACAAAUGCUCAAGAGUGCAGAGUACGCUGGUUAUCUUUGGGACACCAGCGCUGGAGUCGAAAUGAAGACUGCAUUCCUUCUGGAUAAAGCACAAACCAAUGGGAAUGGGAAGCCAUGCGUCUCAAGGCCUUAUCUUGCAUGUUUUAAGAUUGGAACCAUUGAUGUUACUUUGGUAAACGUCCAUCUGAAAGGAACUAUCGCUGAGGAGGAGAAGACUCAUUCAGAUGUCCAUAAAAUCUCUCUGUUUACAGACACUCUUCAGGAAACCCUGAAAGGUGAAAAGGAUAUUAUUAUUUUGGGGGACUUCAGUCUAUCACCCGACGCAAAUGAUUUUGACCAGCUACGAAAAGAGAAGUUUCUUCAUUGUGUCCCAGCAAAUACUUUCACCAACAUCAGCACUAAGAACCCUCAGGGGUCAAAGUCUACAGACAACAUCUGGAUUAGUCGUACACUGAAGAAGACAUAUUCAGGUCAUUGGUCGGUUAUUAGGGAAGGUCUCACCAAUCCCUGGAUUCCUGACUGUUGGUCAUGGGGUGGAGUUGCCUCUGACCAUUGCCCAUUGUGGGCAGAGUUCUACAUAGAAAAAGACUUGGGCAGAAAAAUCCCAUUUGGAAAUGGUAGUGCUGUGACUGUUGAGCAAGCAGAUGGAAGCACUAAGGAUGAGCGGUGACACACAACACAGUUACUGGACGUUUAUUUCAGAACAAUUACUCAUCAAUGAAGCAAGUGAGCAACUGAAUGUGAAAGAAUCUAAUCUGCCUUUUAACAAUUAACUUUCAAUUGUGACGUGGUUAAUUUCUGCUGCAAGUAAGUGUGUGUUUUUUAAAAAUUAAAUAUAGGCUAUUUUUUUGGAAAGUGGAAAAAGAAGAGACAUUUUAAAUGGGGAAAAAAGGACACUUUAUGCCAAACGAUUUGGCAACUUAAGUCACUAUUAAUGUACUUUUUAAAAAAAAUGUAUGUGGAUAGCAUUAAGCUUGGUCUCUUCAUCCACUCUCUCCAUCUUUGGAAGAUUUCAAAGUACUGCACUAUUUUCAUUCGAUAUCACUAACAUUGCUUGAAUUUGGAAGCGAAGAUUGAAAGCUACAGCUGCUGGCAUUUAAUGCUUCAGGUAUAAGUGAAAAUGUUAAAAUUGUACAUAAAAUAGUAGAACAGAUAUUAUUUUGUGAUUUUUGUUUUGUUUUUGCACAGAAUUUUAGGAUAUAUUUGUUCCUAUUCUGGCAUUCAUAAUGUAAAAUGAUAAACAAUAGUAGAUUAUAUUUGUACUGAGCUUGUGAUGGUAAAGUACUUUUUUGGAAAACAUUUGGUAUGCUCAGAUUGCACCUGUUGCACAUAAGUAUCACACCACUGGUGUGGCAAUCUACAUUUUACGUGAACCCAGGGAGUUAAAAGGGAAGACUGCGUUCUGCAGUAAAAUAGUGUUUGCACAGUGUAGCCAUUGUCACAGUCUGACACUCAAUAGUUGGCUGUGUCCUAUGGGGCCUGUGACUAACGUAUUUAAAUGGUACGGUUUAUGACUGUUACUAUAAUUACCACUUGUAAUAUUAGAUUGUAUGGUACUCGGAAAUUGCACAUUUAAUUAAAGAGCUAAUAAAUUUAACAACAUGA